CCUUCUACUCCCGAAAAAAGCACUGACUCUUCCUCUGUUUGCUUCCUUCACACAGAGACAAAGAGAGAGAGAAGAAAAGACGAGCUUCUGACAACAAGAGAUGAUGGAGUGGGAUAAUAAUCAGCAGCAGCAACCCAAUAACCAUAACAACUCUUCAAAUCUCCAGGGGAUCGACGUUAGUGGCGGCGGCGGCUCGAGCUCAGGAGGAAUGUACGUGAAGGUGAUGACCGACGAGCAGCUUGAAACUCUGAGGAAACAGAUUGCUAUCUACGCCACCAUUUGUGAGCGUCUCGUUGAGAUGCACAAAACCCUCACUUCUCACCAAGAUCUUGCAGGAGUGAGACUGGGAGGCCUCUAUGCAGACCCAACUAUUGGUCACAAGAUGACAGCUAGGCAGAGGUGGACUCCCACGCCAGUGCAGCUUCAGAUUCUGGAGCGUAUAUUCGACCAAGGCACGGGAACACCCAGCAAGCAAAAGAUCAAAGACAUAACCGAGGAGCUGAGCCAACACGGCCAGAUUUCUGAACAAAACGUCUACAAUUGGUUCCAGAACCGGCGUGCUCGUUCCAAGAGGAAGCAGCAUGGUGGUGGUGUUGGUUCUUCUAGCAACAACAACAUUAACAACAACGGUGAGUCUGAGGUAGAGACUGACACUGAGACAUUGAAUGGGAAGAGAAAGAUACCAGAGAGUCUUCGUGUUCUUCCUGAUGGAAACAAUGCUAUUGGGACAACAAGUACUAGUCCUAGGCCUGAAGAUCUUUGCUUUCAGAGCCCUGAGAUGAGCUCUGAUCUUCACUUUCUAUCAAACCCAAGGGAUGAUCAUCUUGUUGGAAAGAUGGGAUUGUCUGAAAGCUACAGCCUUUAUGAUCAUGUUGAAGACUAUGGCAUGUCAGGCUGAGUGAAACUUCUAAUGAUAAGAGAGAGAUCAAAGAAAUGGAUUUUCCUAGUCAGUCUUAAAGCAAUUUUAGACCUUUUUAAUAUAAUUUUUAUGGAAUGUUGAACUAUCUUAGAGAUUGUGCUUUUGAUGUUUUCUUCAAUUAUAAUAAAAUAAAAAUAAACAGCUUCAGCUUUUA